AUGGCCUCGUCGCGCUUCACAUCCCUCCUGUUUGCCCUCGCGGCAGCACUCACUAUCUUUACCCUCGUCGUCUCUGCUCAGGAAACAUGCUCUGCAACCUCCAAGUGCGGUGAGGCUGCACCCUGCUGCUCGGCCUACGGAUUCUGUGGCAGCUCCAACGCUUAUUGUCUCGGCCAGUGUGACCCGACCUCCUCCUUCUCGCCUUCUUCGUGCAAACCCAUGCCCAAGUGCAAAUCCCAAACCAUCUCGUUCGAGAACAAUGCCAAGCCUUGGGUUGCCGCCUCGUCCUACCGUGGUGAUCCCAACCAGGCGCCCUUUACCCUCGAUGAAGGCGUUGCUGAGCCUUCCAAAUCUGGAACCAAGCUUAUCUUGACCAAGAGCGGAACUGCCAAACGGGGUACUCUGCUCAGCUCAACUAGAUAUUGGUACUAUGGAUCUGCUAGCGCCGUCAUGAAACACGGCAGUUGGGCAGGCGUUGUCCAUACCUUCAUUGGCAUGUCACCAACGAAAGAUGAGAUUGACUGGGAAUUCACUACAGGCUCUGAUCAGGACGUUCAAACGAACUGGUACUGGUUUGGUGAGCCAGAAGGUUACACACACGGCUUCACUGUUCCUGACGGGACGCUCAACGACAUUAGCAGACCUCGCUUCAGUGUACGCGACUGGCACACGUACACGAUUGACUGGUCGCCUAACCGACUGCGCUGGUCGAUCGACGGUACAGUCGUUCGAACACUCUACCGCAAAAACACGUAUAACAGCCACGACAAACUCUACCACUAUCCGUCUUCGCCCAUGCGUCUACAACUGAGCAUAUGGGGGGCCGGAGAUGGCACGUUUCAACAAGGCACAGUCGACUGGGCGGGUGGCCUGAUCGACUGGAGCCAGGCGCACAACGCAAGGUUCGUCAAUAUGGUCAAAUCAGUCACCAUCUCUUGUAAUGACCCCGAAGACGUCAAGAAUAACCGACCCAACUAUGCGUUCAGCGCUAAACAGACCAAUCCGCAAAACGGCCAGCCCAAAGUGCUGGCUACUAGCAGGUCGUCCAUCAUCUCGUAG